UCAUAAGUUCGUGAAUUAAUACUGGUAUUAAAGACAUAAGUAAAUAUGGCCGAUCCUAAAACGAUGUUUAAAGCUAUGUCCAGUGAACACCAGCUGGCUCACACGGAGCACAACACGGCUGACGUUAAACCAUGCUGCUGCUUGGAGGCGGAAUUGAGUGACAAUAGAACCACAAGAUGACAGACAUCGGAGAUGCUUGCCCUCAUCUUGACUCCAUAGGUGAAGUGACCAAGGAGGAACUUAUACAGAAAUCGAAGGGCACCUGUCAGUCAUGUGGAGUAGGUGGUCCCAACCUCUGGGCAUGUCUGCAGUGUGACUGUCCCUAUGUGGGCUGUGGAGAGUCUUAUUCAGAUCACAGCACAACGCAUGCACAGGUGAAGAAGCACAAUCUGACAGUGAACCUGACCACAUUCAGGGUGUGGUGUUAUGUGUGUGAGAGAGAGGUGUUCCUGGAGCAGAGACCUGUGGUGCCAGUGCCGGUGACUCAUCGCCACAAAGCAAUUGACCAGGAUGCUCCUCCCCCGGACGUGUGUCACCCUCUGAAGGCAGUGCCCAUCGCUGUGGCUGAUGAAGAGGGUUCUGAAUCUGAAGAAGACGAGCUCAAGCCACGAGGUCUGACAGGGAUGAAGAACAUUGGGAAUUCAUGUUACAUGAAUGCAGCUCUGCAGGCUCUCUCCAACUGCCCACCUUUGACUCAGUUUUUUCUGGACUGCAGUGGAUUGGUUCGUACAGAUAAGAAGCCUGCACUUUGCAAAAGCUAUCAGAAACUCAUUUCAGAGCUCUGGCACAAGAAACGGCCCAGUUAUGUGGUCCCCACUAGUCUGUUUCAUGGCAUCAAACUGGUGAAUCCUAUGUUUCGAGGUUACGCCCAGCAGGACACUCAGGAGUUCUUGCGUUGUCUGAUGGACCAGCUGCAUGAGGAACUGAAAGAGCCUCUUACAGAUGGCAGCAUCACCGAUGGAGACCCAGAGCGUGACAGCCGGGGCCACGGCGACGGGGACCGGAGCCCCUCCGAGGACGACUUCCUGUCGUGCGACUCGGGGUCAGGGAGUGAGAGGGGUGACGGUGAGCGAGGAGGGGGCGGAGGAGAGGCGGAGCUCCUCAUCCAGGAUGAGUGCGCAGGGGCGCGGGUGAAUGGCGGGAUCUCCGAGAAAGAGAGGCUGAAGGACAGAAGAAGGGAGGAGCGCGGCGAGGAGAGGACGCCCGAGCCAGACGAGGACGCUGAUGUGGACACAGCUGCACAGGACGAGCUGGUGGAGGGAGGCGGGGAGCGGGCGGGGCCAGCCAGGCCUGGCCGAUCUCACGUGUAUACAGAACCUGAUAAUGAGGCAUCCAUGCAUCGCGCCUCACGCCCUUGUAGCCCCGCCCACAGUGUUCAGGAACUUCACUCGAAACUGUCAAGCACCCCGCCUAGGUCCAGCCCACUCAGAGCCAGCCCCGCUUACACCCUAAAGAAAGCUCAGAUGCCCCUGAGUGCCAAGAAGAAGCAGCAGCCCCGUUUCCGCAGUGUUAUUUCAGACAUCUUUGACGGUUCCAUCCUGAGCCUGGUGCAGUGCUUGACAUGCGACCGGGUGUCGACAACGGUGGAGACGUUUCAGGACCUGUCCCUGCCCAUCCCUGGCAAGGAGGACCUGGCCAAGCUGCACUCCUCCAUUCACCAGAGCGCGCCAGCCAAAACAGGCGUCUGCACGGACACGUAUGCAGCGCAGGGCUGGAUCUCCUACAUCAUGGAUUCUAUACGCAGGUUUGUAGUGUCCUGUAUCCCCAGCUGGUUCUGGGGUCCAAUGGUAACACUGGAGGACUGUCUUGCUGCUUUCUUCGCUGCUGAUGAACUCAAAGGGGACAACAUGUACAGCUGCGAGCGAUGUAAAAAGUUGAGAAAUGGUGUAAAAUAUUGUAAAGUCCUACGGCUACCAGAGAUUCUGUGCAUCCACCUGAAGCGUUUCCGGCAUGAGGUGAUGUACUCGUUUAAGAUCAGCAGCCACGUCUCCUUCCCACUGGAGGGCCUGGAGCUGCGGCCCUUCCUGGCCAAAGAGAGUUCCUCACAGGUCACCACCUACGACCUGCUGUCUGUCAUCUGCCACCACGGCACCGCCGGCAGUGGCCACUACACAGCAUACUGUCAGAACGUUAUUAAUGGUCAGUGGUACGAGUUUGAUGACCAGUAUGUGACAGAGGUCCACGAAACGGUGGUGCAGAACGCCGAGGCCUAUGUCCUCUUUUACCGGAAGAGCAGUGAGGAAUCAGUGAGAGAGAGGCAGAAGGUCAUAGCUCUGGCCAAUCUGAAAGAACCCAGUCUCUUGCAGUUCUACAUCUCCAGAGAAUGGCUCAACAAGUUCAACACAUUCACUGAGCCAGGCCCCAUUACUAACCAUACCUUCCUGUGCCAGCAUGGAGGAAUCCCCCCUAACAAGUAUCACUACAUUGACGACCUGGUUGUGAUCCUGCCCCAGAAUGUGUGGGAGUACCUCUACAACAGGUUUGGAGGCGGGCCAGCAGUUAAUCACCUGUAUGUGUGUGCCAUCUGCCAAGUGGAGAUCGAGGCCUUGGCCAAGCGCAGGAAGGUGGAGAUUGAUACCUUCAUCAAGCUCAAUAAGGAGUUUCAGGCUGAGGAAGCCCCCACUGUUAUCCUGUGCAUCAGCAUGCAGUGGUUCCGGGAGUGGGAGAGCUUCGUCAAGGGCAAAGACAAUGAGCCACCAGGGCCGAUCGACAACAGCAAGAUCGGCGUGAUGAAGGGCGGGCAUGUCCAGCUUAGGCAGGGGGCCGACUACGGACAGAUCUCAGCCGAGACAUGGCAGUACCUGCUGGGGAUUUACGGCGGUGGGCCAGAGAUAGCAGCACGGCAGAGUAUCAGCGCCCCUGACCCCAACGCCCACGGUGAAAGGAAGAUAGAGGCGGAAACCCGAGCCCUCUGAGAUAGUGGACUUCCUGAAUGUGGCAAAGCGUGUUUGCACCAUGUUUACUUCUGCUUUUCUCGUGAGCACUGGGCGCGUGCCUCAUGUUGCAGCCCGUCACCUGUAGAACCCGCGGACAUCUAGUAACGCACAGCUGGUAGACUAGAAGAUUAGAGGGAAAUCGUACUGGUCAAAGUAAUGCAGUAUAAGCCUCUUGCUCCAGUGGUCAGGAGAGUGAGUUUACUUCCCCUUACCCCAUUGUCCCUGGCGACACACUCAAAAACACAUUCAAACUUUUAUUUUUUCUCCCAAAUUUCAAUUAAUACGUGUGUGUGUGUGUGUGUGUGUGUGUGUGUGUGUGUGUAUAAACACAGGCUCUCUGAAAAAGGGAGAAAAGGUUUUACAUGCAAUAUGUGAGCUGGAGGAGAUGCAAUAGUCUGUAGACACUUACUGCCAGGGAGAUUUAGCAGACCAGACUUCUGAAAGGGUAGCAUUACUCACUAUAGGUUUAGAGCUGGGUCUACAUUAAUCUGUACUCCCAUUCUGCAAAUACACUGCCCCAACCCACACACAGAGGACCCAAAAGAAAUCCUUCCAAACUCAGUCACUAUAGGUGGAGUUCUUCCAUGUCUUCUUUCUUCAGACUCUAAGCCUAACUUCUUUAGGAGUGAUUGUGUAGCGGUUCAACCAGCAGAAACUGGAAAUGGCGCCAUAUUAAACAAACUCUAGAGCUCACCUUGACGUCAAGUGUAAACUGGCUCACUGUCAGCCAAGUCCGCCACAGCUGAUCAGUCUCUCCUCAAUCUCAAAUUGAUUUCUUCUAAUGGCAACUAAUACUAUUGUUCCACGUAGUAACGUCUUGGCAGUCAGUAGUUAAUAACCUGCUCUUCGGGUGAGUCAUAACCAAUGAUCUAGUUUUACAUCAUUUCAAGUCAUGUCAAGAAGUUGGGCGAAGUUCUUAUUUGAACCAUUUCUGACUACUGCACUGGCAGUUGGACUGUCAUGUUGAAUGCUAUUCCAUGUACGCUUAUGUUUCGCAUGACCGAGGUCUUCAGAACCAUAUCAUUUGUGUUACACUGGAAGUGAAAUGAGAAAGAUUACAAUUACUGUAAGAGAAGUGAUGUUCUCUCUUGUACAUAUUUGCAGACUCUCUAGGAUGAGUUUGGCAGGAGUCAUGUUAGGGCUAGACAUCAUCACUGCUGUCACUGCUUUAGUUAUAAUUGAAUUUGGUGGUCACAGAGAUACAUAUGUUUACAUCUGGCAUGCAUUGUAAUUUUUAAUUCUUAUUCCUUUUCCCUUAAAAGUGUCUGUCCUACAAGGUCAGGUGUCAGUUAUGUAAAAUGAAACACUGAAGGUACUAUGAAUAUCUGUGUUUGAAUGGCAACAUUUAGUAGUUGACGUUUGGUGACUCAGUUAGGCCCACACUUUCACAAAAUAUGCGUCCUACAGUAGAAUGGGUCAAAGAUUUGGGCUUAAAUUGACAGACUGUUCAUUCUAAAAACAAAUCAAUCUGUCACUGCAUUCUACCAUAGCUGAAUUCACCAAAGUAGAAAUUUGAUGAUGAUUAUACCAACCCCUCCAAAACCUGACAUUUCUAGACACUUGAUUUGUGAUUAUAUUGUCAUUUAAGGGCAUGUGCAAUCAUCAGGUGAACGGAAGGAGUUGGAACAGCUAAAGAUGAUGUAUGGUGAAGUUAAAACAGACAAUUUAGCUACAAUUUAUGGUGGGUAUAAUGUGAAUACGAUAUUGAGCAUGAUGGGGUCAGUUGAGAUAUGAAGUAAGUGUUGGGUAUGUUAUACAAACUAUCCAUCACUGUCGUAUCAGCUUCAUCCUAAUGUGAGUCCCAUCUAUGUUUGAAUCAUGCAUAUUUAAAUAUUUACUCAUUUCACAAUUUUAUUUAUAUAAACCUGAGCAAAAGGUUGUGCUAUGUGGACCAGUCAUUGACAGCUUGAUGGUUUACUAGUUGGUAUAAUAAUAAUAAUAAUAAUAAUAAUAAUAAUAAUAAUAAUAAGCAAACUAUUGAAAUGAAACAGCCGAACAAAGAAAAGUAUGUUGAUGCUUAUGAUGUUAAUUGCAGCCAUUUCAGAUUGCAAGCUUAGUGCUGGUGUUAUUGCUUUUUCGGUCUCGAAUUAUGAGUGUAUAGAUGUCUUUGACUUGACAAAUUAACUAAUAAAGCCUGUUCUUUCUUCA